AUGCGUGCUUCAGGUUCUGAGACCGAGGAUGAUUCUGCGCGGAUCGGGGAGAGGCGAUCGCUGUUCCGCUGGUGGGCUGGGUCGAAGAAGGCAAAACAGGUGCACAUAGCUCUCGCCGGUCCCAACAGCAUCAGAGUCAUGUGGUCUACAUCUCGCCGUGGUACGCCGUCAUUGGUGGAAUUCGGGGUAACUUCUGGGCAAUACACCAGCAAGGCGAAGGGGAAGUCUUCCAGCUACACCUUCCUGACCUAUUCGUCGGACCAGUUGCACAGUGCAGUGCUGUCAAACCUGCAGCCCCAAACCACCUACUACUACCGCAUCGCAGGGGAGGGGCAGGAACGAUCCUUUGUCACGCCGCCCACCGAUGCUGCUGCUGACGUCAGCAUCGCUGUUGCUGGUGACAUUGGUCUUUCUAAAGCAGCACGCACAACCAUCACCCGUCUCUCCCAGCAGCCUCACUCCCUCACCCUCGUCCCUGGGGAUCUCUCCUAUGCCAACGGCAUCCAAUCCGUGUGGGACAGGUGGCAGAACCUGAUUGAGCGAGACGCCAGCACUCACCCCUGGAUGGUCGUGCCGGGAAACCACGAAGCCGAGGCACUUAGCGCGAUCCGGCCCAAGAGCUUCAAAUGGCCCGCGUUUCUUAAGCGAUCCGCUUUGCUAAACAGCGGCGCGUUCCUGGCGUAUAAGAAGCGGUGGAUCAUGCCUUAUGCUGCUAGCGGGUCGCCUUCUGAGCUGUACUACUCGUUUGAGGUGGGAGGGGCACACGUCAUCGUGCUCUCCUGCUACUCGCCCUUCGGCCCUGAUUCGAAACAGCUCCAGUGGCUGCAGAGGGAUCUAUCAAGCGUGGAUCGGACCAAAACACCCUGGCUGGUGGCAUCCCUGCACGAGCCGUGGUAUCAUUCUAACAAUGACCACCAGGCAGACGGACAGGCCAUGAGGAAGGCGCUGGAAGAGACGCUCUACGGCGCCCGUGUCGAUAUGCUGAUCACCGGCCACGUGCAUGCGUACGAACGCACGACCCGCGUGUACAAUGGAAAGGAGGACCCCUGUGGAAUCAUGCACAUCACUGUUGGGAGUGGCGGGAAGGAUUUAUACCCCAGGUAG